UAAAACGCCGAAACGUCAUCACCGGAGAUAGGAGGUUUUCGUGGAUGGUUUCCCUUGAAUUUUCACGCAAUGUGUUGAGUGUUGAUAGUAGGCUAGCACAAGAAGUCGGCGUCUCCCGCUAUCUUUGCACUUUGCAGUCACACCUAUAAAACAGGACCUGCACCAGGUAUCCAGUGUCCACCGACUGUAAGAUAGAUCUAUAGUCGGCGCAAAUCGUUUUUUCGCUUCCAGUCUUAUCAACGCCAUAUUGGUCAUUUUUUUUCUCAAGAAGACGAGAUGGCGCAAGUACUCAGCGGAAAAGAGGUCUCCGGUGACAUCAAGAAACAGCUGGCUACAGAGGUCAGUGAGUUCCAGUCUAAGUUUCCAGACUUUAAGCCAGGCCUUGCUAUUGUCCAGGUUGGGGACAGAUCAGACUCCAAUGUCUACAUCAAUCAGAAACUCAAAUCUGCUGUUGAAGUGGGCGUGGCAGCAGAGCACAUCAAGCUCCCUAGAUCAUCCACUCAGUAUGAGGUUUUGGCUACUGUUGAAAGGUUGAACAAUGACAUCAAAGUCCAUGGCAUCAUUGUGCAGCUUCCCAUGGAAAGUGACAAUGAGAUAGAUGCCCACUUAGUAACCAAUGCCAUUCUGCCAAGCAAAGAUGUUGAUGGUUUGCACCAGGACAAUGCAGGGCGUCUGUCGCGUGGAGACUUGGACAGCUGUAUCCUACCCUGCACACCCCGAGGCUGUAUGGAGCUCAUCAAGAGAUCUGGAGUGGAAGUCAAAGGGAAGAGAGCUGUGGUUUUGGGCAGGAGCAAGAUUGUCGGAGCUCCCAUGUCUGACCUGCUGACAUGGAACCAUGCCACAGUUACCGUCUGUCACUCUCGCACCGCAGACCUCAAGGAGGAGGUUUCCAGAGCAGACAUCGUGGUGGUAGGUAUUGGUAAGCCACAGCUUGUGAAAGGAGACUGGAUCAAGCCAGGAGCUGUAGUGGUGGACUGUGGCAUCAACUCAUUGCCAGAUGCAACCAGGGCUCGUGGCUACCGGUUGGUCGGUGAUGUGGACUAUGCCUCUGCCAAAGAGGUCGCCUCGUGGAUCACACCAGUGCCAGGCGGAGUGGGCCCCAUGACCGUGGCCAUGCUGCUCAAGAACACCGUGGACCAGGCCAAGAAAAGCUAUGAGGAGAUGGCGCUGGCAUCCUCUUGGAACAUCCAGUAUCUGCCACUGCCUCUGAAAGAACCUGUGCCAAGUGAUAUUGACAUUGCCAAAGCCCAAGUCCCGAAGGACAUCUCUGUGCUGGCCCAGGAGGUCAGGCUGACCAAUGAGGAGGUGGACCUGUACGGAAAGAAGAAAGCCAAAGUGUCCCUCAAGGUGCUGGACCGGCUCAAGGCACAGGAGAAUGGCAAAUACGUUGUGGUCACUGGCAUCACGCCAACUCCUCUGGGUGAAGGGAAGAGCACAACCACCAUUGGUCUGGCCCAAGCUCUGGGAGCUCACCUCAAGAAGAACGUGUUUGCUUGUGUCAGGCAACCUUCUCAGGGGCCCACGUUUGGCAUUAAAGGUGGCGCUGCUGGUGGUGGCUACUCCCAGGUGAUCCCCAUGGAGGAGUUCAACCUUCACCUGACCGGUGACCUUCACGCCAUCACGGCUGCCAACAACCUUCUGGCAGCUGCCAUCGAGGCCAGAAUGUUCCACGAGGCCACACAGAAGGACCAGGCUUUGUUCAACCGUCUGGUCCCGGAGAAGAAGGGGGUUAGAGAGUUCUGCCCGAUUCAGAUGAGAAGACUACAGAAACUGGGGAUAACCAAAACCAACCCAAAUGACCUUACAGAAGAGGAGAUUGGUAAAUUUGCCCGUCUGGACAUUGACAAGGAGACCAUUACGUGGCAAAGAGUGAUGGACACCAAUGACAGAUUCCUCCGUAAGAUAACCGUUGGGCAAGGACCUCAAGAAAAAGGCCACACGAGAGAAACUCAGUUUGACAUCACAGUGGCCAGUGAGAUCAUGGCCAUUCUGGCCCUGACCACCGACCUGGGCGACAUGAGGGAGAGGCUGGGCCGUAUGGUGGUGGCCAGCAGUAAGGCUGGACAGCCAGUGACAGCUGAUGACCUGGGAGUUGGCGGAGCCCUCACUGUCCUCAUGAAGGACACUAUCAGACCAAAUCUCAUGCAGACACUGGAGGGCACCCCAGUCUUUGUCCACGCUGGCCCCUUUGCCAACAUUGCUCAUGGAAACUCUUCCAUUCUGGCAGAUAAGAUUGCUCUCAAGCUGGUCGGAAAAGAUGGAUGUGUUGUGACGGAGGCUGGGUUUGGAGCUGACAUUGGCAUGGAGAAGUUCUUCAACAUCAAGUGCUUCUACUCUGGCCUGGUGCCAAAUGCCGUUGUCUUGGUGGCAACAGUUCGAGCCCUCAAGAUGCAUGGAGGCGGGCCCACCGUUGUGGCUGGAGUCCCACUGCCCAAGGAGUACACAGAGGAGAACCUGGGUUUGGUGGAGCAGGGCUGCAGUAACCUCAUCAAGCAGAUCCAGAAUGCAAACAAGUUUGGUGUACCAGUGGUGGUGGCUGUGAAUGGCUUUGCCACGGACACCCAGGCUGAGCUUGAGCUUGUGCAGCGUCUGUCCCGAGAAAAUGGAGCAUUUGACGCUGUCAUCUGUAACCACUGGGCUAAGGGAGGUCAGGGGGCCAUGGACCUGGCAGCGGCUGUGGACAAAGCAGCGGGACAGACCAGCAACUUCAAGUUCCUCUACAAUGUCAAGGAUUCUAUUGAGUCAAAGAUUGAAACAAUUGCCAAAGAAAUCUAUGGAGCAGAUGGUAUUGAGUUGGAACCAUUGGCAAGAGCACAAAUUGAACGCUAUGAAAGACAGGGCUUCAGUGAACUGCCCAUCUGCAUGGCAAAGACCCACCUGUCCUUGUCCCACAAGCCGGAGCUGAAGGGAGCACCCACGGGAUUUGUUCUGCCUAUCAGGGAGGCUCGUGCCAGCAUCGGGGCAGGCUUCAUCUACCCCCUGGUUGGAACGAUGAGCACCAUGCCAGGCCUUCCCACUCGCCCGUGCUUCUACGACAUCGACAUAGACCCGGACACAGAGGAGAUCCUUGGCCUGUCCUAAGACUGAGGCGGAGCCCGUGACUUGUGGAUUGUUGCUCGUAGUAUUGUGAGGAAAACAACAUUGAGUUGAAGUAUUACGGCUCCCAAGUAGAAUUCUGUUGACAAGGGCCGCCUUCUUUUGUUGGGAUAUUAUUAUAUGAGGACUUUCGGGAGCUUUAUUUUGUAUGAUAUCCAGAACUUGAUUAAGUGAGGUACGUCUUCCAUCUGAGGAAAUGUGUGUCAUAACACUUAAAUAAUGAAUGUGCCAUUUCUUUUUCCUGUAGGGCUGGAAAUGGGAAUUAGUUGUAUUUAUUUUAUUACACAUAAGGUACACUUCAAAUUAUUACAUAAUCAGAGCUGAGUUUUUGGCAGUUGUAAGUAUAACAGUACAAAAUAGUGCACAGGAAACUUCAUAAUGUUUUACUUAAUGGCAAUCUUCACUGACAGGGUGAUGUCCUAGUUAAAGUCAUACCAAAUGUAACUUGGAAUAGGAGUAAUGUUACUGAAAGGAAUUAUAAGUCGUUGGAAGAUGUCCUAAAUUGUCUGUUUAUCGUCCAAUGAUGUAGGUUAUUGAUUGAUGGGAGUCUACAUCGAGACCAUGUCCAGGCUGAAAGCUCUGUUAAUGUCCGGCUUACCAUGGCCUUGCCUUUGCAAAGAAAAACCCUUCUUUAUUUUUUAUUUGCAUGCUUUUUUGCUCCAAAUGAUGAUUGAUAAAACAGCAAAGUCUAAGGACAGCAGAUAACAAUACGACAGUCUGGCUGGACAAGUCAUGGUGCAUGUUAUAGCUUGUAAAUACUGCCCAGAGAAAAAUGUUUGUGUAUUGUAUGUGCUGGGGUAGUAUAGAAUGUAUCUAGUAGCUGGUGUGGCUUAUUAGUAUCCGUAGUACGGCAUACUACUCAGACUUAUAGCCCUUUGUGUUCCUUUGUUCUUGUGUCAUCAUGGGCUGAAUAUUAACCUCUUCACUGCUGAGUAGACGUAUGUUCUGGCUUGUAUUCUCCACUUAUAUUGUUUCAUCCGGUUGACAAAAAGAUGUUUUUUUGGGGUAUAGUUACAGUUUGUGAUUUUGCUUAUUCUGAAACAAUUAUCUGUGUUUAAAUAUUACUUGAAUUAACGUUUUAUCUUGUUAGUACAAAUGUUGGUGGACGUUUUUCAGCAGUGAAGGGGUUAAUUGAAUCUACUGUCUGUGGAAGUGGUAAACCCGAAUCCUUUGUUCUGAUGUGGAUAUGAGUUUUCACCACUGACUGACACAGGCAGUAAACACAAAUAUUGUCCUUUGAGGUGACUCCUUUUUGUUAAUUGUUUCAAUAAAAAUUUGUUUUUGUUAAUGGUUUCAAUAAAAAUUGAAUAAUUACAAUUAAGUUUUCUUAAUGUCUUCAGCUAGACUUAAUGUAUUAUAAAAAUACCAUGAUUAUGCUCUUUAUGCGCCAACUUCACAGGCUUAAAGGCUCAAUGUGUUGUUUCCCCUCAUAUGAAGAAUAAUAAGCAUGCAGCAUUCCAUAAUGUGAAAAUGAAAAUAAAUCCAAUUGUUAUGCUUAGAAUAUUGAAUCUGUUGUAUUCAGUGUUCUCAACAGACUUGUAAAUCUUCUUUGAAAAUCAUAUUGCACUUUUGCACAAGUUAUGUGGAUUGCAUAGCUUGAUUCUCUACUCUUGGAACCUUUUAUGUUGGUUAUUGAAAUUAUCACCUUUUUUUUCACCUUGGUUUGUUCCUCAGAUAUUACAUGUGCUCCUGCUCUCAUUUCAUGUCUUUGUAAGCCUGCAAACUAUUUCUUUCGUGUGAAGGGCGCUUGUUUUUCAUUCACUUCUUUAAUCUGGAGAUGCAAACAGAGGUAUUACCAAGAGAAUAAAGGUAUAUUUUCCAUUGAAAC